AUGAUGUUUGGUAAAACGACUUUUACGCUUCUCUAUUCUAUUGCAAACCUUUCUUUGGUUGUCUGUCUCGCGUGUACAAACUGUAAUGAUAUUGUGCUAUCAUUUAAUAAUCCAUCAGAAUUACCAUCAAGAUGCGAUGGACAACUUGUUGAAACUGAUGUUUGUCAAGUAGUGUUUCGUACAAAUUAUGUAACAAAAGAAAUUCAUAUGAACCUUACAGGCGGAUCCGAUGAGAUAGGAAAUUAUCGUCUAGAACUAGCAGUUCAAAAUAAAUUCGAUGAACCAAAAAUGAAGGAUGUCAACAUCACAUACACUUGUCAGAAUUCAUUUGACUGUGCAAAAAUAUAUUAUCUAUUAACCAUACAAACAUUAAUUCAAAAUGAACUGAUACUAGACAAAAUCGAAGAGGAAAUAUUCGAUCCAACGGUCGUCAAUGUUCAACAAUGUUCUGAUAAUCAGGAUCAACCCGUAACAUGUCAAAAUGGUUAUGGAUGUCAUGGAUAUGAAAUAAUCGAGAAUGACCAGAUUGACUUCGAAGGAGAAUGUAGAAAUGAUAGUACGGUGACAAUCUUUCCUCGUCAAUAUUUUCGUAUCACACUUGUACAAGGUGAUCCACCACUUUCAUCUGACUGGAAUCAUUUUGGUUUUACUUGCAAUAAACAAAAUUUAUGUAAUAGUCGACAACAAAUCAAGAAAAUCGUGAAAAUAGCCAAUGAUUUCUAUCCAUGGGAACUUAUUCCACCAAAUUCAAGCACAAACGUUUAA